AUGUCAGUUGAUACAAAUCCAAAAAGUGCAAAAAUUCUUCUUCUAGAAUUAUCAAAUCUUCAAAUAAAAGAAUUAAAAUUAAUUGUACAAUGUCCAACUAUUGAUGAUUUAUUAGCUAAAUCAAAAAUAUAUAAAGAAUGUAUUCUCAUUAUAGCCUGUACUUCUGAUAAAUGCAUUGAAUUAGCUUCUAUAUUACCAGAUAUUUCUUUUGAUACAUUGUAUGUUCUUAACAAUGGUGAAAAUAUCAAUGAAACUAUUGGUUCAUGGUGGAAUAAGACAACAGUAGUUUAUACUGAAAAACAAUUAAUGCGUCAUUUAUGUACAAAAAGUAUGUUAUGUUAUUAUAAUGAAGGUCUUCAACAUCGAAAGAAUGGGGAUAUGGGACUUUUAAAUGCAUGUAUGAUUAAUGCACUUCAUGCAUUAGAUUAUUCCGCUAAAUUUAUAUAA